AUGCAGACGCUGAACUGGAGUAUAACCUCGGGACAUCGACGACCAGACGGUGUUAGAAAGAAGGUGUACCUGAUUAACGGUGUAUUUCCCGGUCCUACGAUUGAAGCACGCUCAGGAGAUACACUGCAGAUUCUGGUGCGGAAUGAUUUGGAAGAUGAAGAAAUAUCAUUGCAUUGGCACGGUCUUUAUAUGAGAGGCGCCAAUACUAUGGAUGGUGCCACGGGAGUCACGCAAUGCGGCAUUGGACCUGGAAAAUCCUUUUGGUAUAAUUUCACUAUUUCAGAAGCCCAGUCCGGCACAUUCUGGUAUCACGCACAUUCCAACGUCCAGAGAGCAGACGGGUUGUAUGGAGGAUUCGUUGUUCAUCGGCCGGUUUCUCCUUCCUUUCCUAACGUGCGAGGACUGUUCGAAAAGCAUCGAGGUUUGAACGACAAUAUGUCGGGAGAAAUGCGAGUCCCAGAUAGCGUCGAGUACGUCUAUGACAAGGAGCUUCUCCUGAUGAUUGGCGACUGGUACCAUCGAACGGCUCAAGAUGUGGCCAGCUGGUAUCUAUGGUGGGGUUCUAGGGGAUAUGAAGGUAAGGGCUCCAUAACUGCAUUAUUUGAUCGAGGAAUGAGUACUGACAACCCAAGGUCCCUAACCGGAAUCACCCUCGGUGUUGCCAAAGGAAAGCUUGAAGUAAUUACCCUUGACGGCGGCAUUCCCGUGGAGACAAAACCUCAUGUAAAUGACAAGUCUUCAGCUGGAGUCCUCUUCCCAGGUCAGCGGAUGGACUUUAUCUUGCGACCACCCAAGGACCGGGGUGACCAUUAUUCAUGGAUAACCGUGAAAUUAGAUGAAUCUGACUUCAAAAUCGGAAACCCAGCUUUAGAGCCACUACAAUCGUUUCCAAUUCUCCUAUCACCCGUCUCAUCAUCGUCCUUGUUAUCAAUACAGCCCGACACCCUGGAAGAUGAAAAGAAUAUUAUAUCUUCCGAGUCGAAUAUUAUCGACAUUCAAAACCUUUCUUCAACGCCUACUAUCCUUGCUGCUUUACCAUCCAAAGCAGAACAAAUUCAUGUGGUGUACGCCAAAGUCGAGAAGCUGAGUCGUCUUCAAAAUAUCCCUCAUGGCUUUUUCAAUCGCACGACAUGGAAAAUGCAAAGUAACCCCGCGUAUCCACUUCUUGGUCUUGCCCGAAAUCAAUGGGAUAAACAUCAGCUUGCUAUUACGACCGGCGAUAGACCUGUAUGGAUUGACUUUAUAGUGAACAAUUUAGAUGAGGGGGCCCACCCAUUUCAUUUGCACGGCCAUAACUUUUAUGUUGUUGCGGUCGACCAGUCAGCCGAUGGCUCAACGUGGGGAUCAUACAACCCUUGGUCCAAGAACAAGAUCAAAAACGGGCCAUAUUUACAAGACGGCAAUAGCGAGGUAGUUCUCUAUGACCUGUCGAAAGCCGUCCUGCGAGACACCGUACAGAUACCCCGUCGUGGAUACGCAGUGUUACGCAUUCGAGCGGACAAUCCUGGCGUUUGGUUAUUCCACUGUCAUGUCAUGUGGCAUCUGGUGGGUGGGAUGGCCAUGCUGAUUGAUAGUAUGAAUGGAAGUGACGAUGUUGCCCACCAGCCAUGGUUGGCUGUAGAGGGAUCUGAAUGUCGUGUUUGA